GCUCUGUCCCCGGAUGCACUUUUAUAUCCGGAUUCUUAGAGCGGACUCAGAGCUCCACGGUUCCCUACGCGGUUAGCACAUGCGCGACGCCUCUGCUCCCUGUUCUUCCACUUCCACUAGCUUCCACCGUCCGGGAAGCCGCCGCCACCGCCGCCGAGGAGUCAGGAAGUUCAAGAUGGCCGCCGCCGAGACUCUGUCGCUGCGGGAACAGCCCGAGAUAGAAGAUGCUGAUAAUUCCGAGAAGAGUGUAAAUGAAGAAAAUGGGGAAGUAUCAGAAGACCAAUCUCAAAAUAAGCACAGUCGUCACAAAAAAAAGAAGCAUAAACACAGAAGUAAACAUAAGAAACAUAAACAUUCCUCAGAAGAAGAUAAGGAUAAAAAACAUAAACAUAAGCAUAAACAUAAGAAACACAAAAGAAAAGAGGUCAUUGAUGCCUCUGACAAAGAAGGUAUGUCUCCAGCAAAAAGAACUAAACUUGAUGAUUUAGCUUUGCUGGAAGACUUGGAAAAACAGAGAGCCUUGAUUAAAGCUGAACUUGAUAAUGAGUUAAUGGAAGGAAAGGUCCAAUCUGGGAUGGGGCUCAUAUUGCAAGGUUAUGAGUCUGGCUCUGAAGAAGAGGGGGAGAUUCAUGAAAAGGCAAGAAAUGGAAAUAGGUCUAGUACCAGAUCUUCAAGUACAAAGGGGAAACUCGAACUUAUGGACAAUAAAAAUAGUACAAAAAAGCGAAGUAAAAGCAGAUCCAAAGAACGGACUAGACAUAGGUCUGAUAAAAAGAAAAGUAAGGGAGGUGUUGAAAUAGUUAAAGAAAAGACAACUAGGAGCAAAUCAAAGGAGAGGAAAAAGUCCAAAAGUCCAUCCAAAAGAAGUAAGUCUCAAGAUCAAGCAAGGAAAUCAAAAUCCCCUACCCUUAGAAGGCGAUCUCAAGAGAAAAUUGGAAAGGCCAGAUCUCCUACUGAUGACAAGGUUAAAACCGAAGACAAAAGUAGGUCAAAAGAUAGGAAAAAAUCCCCGAUUAUAAAUGAAAGUAGAAGUCGUGAUCGAGGCAAAAAAUCCAGAUCCCCAGUUGAUUUAAGAGGUAAAUCCAAAGACAGAAGAUCACGAUCCAAAGAGAGAAAAUCAAAACGGUCUGAAACAGAUAAAGAAAAGAAGCCAAUUAAAUCUCCCUCUAAGGAUGCUUCUUCUGGGAAAGAAAACAGGUCACCCAGUAGAAGACCUGGUCGAAGUCCUAAAAGAAGAAGUUUGUCUCCAAAACAGCGUGAUAAAUCAAGGAGAAGUAGAUCUCCACUCCUAAAUGAUAGGAGGUCUAAGCAGAGCAAAUCACCUUCUCGAACUCUGUCUCCUGGUAGAAGAGCCAAGAGCCGAUCCUUGGAAAGAAAACGAAGAGAACCAGAAAGGAGACGACUUUCUUCUCCAAGAACACGACCUCGAGAUGAUAUCCUCAGUAGACGUGAAAGAUCAAAAGAUGCCAGCCCCAUCAAUAGGUGGUCUCCAACCCGAAGAAGAGCAAGUAGAUCUCCCAUUAGAAGGCGGUCUCGUUCCCCACUCAGACGAAGUAGGUCACCCAGGAGAAGAAGCAGGUCUCCUCGGAGAAGGGACAGAGGUCGAAGGAGCAGGUCACGCUUGAGAAGGCGGUCUCGAUCACGGGGUGGUCGUAGACGUAGGAGCAGAAGCAAAGUAAAAGAAGAUAAAUUUAAAGGAAGUCUUUCUGAAGGAAUGAAAGUUGAACAAGAAUCUUCAUCUGAUGAUAACCUUGAAGACUUUGAUGUAGAGGAAGAAGAUGAAGAAGCCCUAAUAGAACAGAGAAGAAUACAGAGGCAGGCAAUUGUUCAGAAAUAUAAAUAUCUUGCUGAAGAUAGCAAUAUGUCUGUGCCAUCUGAACCCAGCAGCCCCCAGAGCAGUACCUGUACGCGGUCACCUUCUCCAGAUGACAUUCUAGAAAGGGUAGCUGCUGAUGUUAAAGAGUAUGAACGGGAAAAUGUUGAUACAUUUGAGGCUUCAGUAAAAGCCAAGCAUAAUCUAAUGACAGUUGAACAGAAUAAUGGUUCAUCUCAGAAGAAGCUGUUGGCACCUGAUAUGUUUACCGAAUCUGAUGAUAUGUUUGCUGCCUAUUUUGAUAGUGCUCGUCUUCGGGCUGCUGGUAUUGGGAAAGAUUUCAAAGAGAAUCCCAACCUCAGGGAUAACUGGACAGAUGCAGAAGGCUAUUACCGCGUGAACAUAGGUGAAGUCCUAGAUAAGCGUUACAAUGUGUAUGGCUACACUGGCCAGGGUGUAUUCAGUAACGUUGUACGAGCCAGAGAUAAUGCAAGAGCAAACCAAGAAGUGGCUGUAAAAAUCAUCAGAAACAAUGAGCUCAUGCAAAAAACUGGCUUAAAAGAACUAGAAUUCUUGAAAAAACUUAAUGAUGCUGAUCCUGAUGACAAAUUUCAUUGUUUGCGACUCUUCAGACACUUUUAUCACAAGCAGCAUCUCUGUCUCGUAUUUGAGCCUCUAAGUAUGAAUUUACGAGAGGUGUUAAAAAAAUAUGGUAAAGAUGUUGGUCUUCAUAUUAAAGCCGUGAGGUCCUAUAGUCAGCAGCUGUUCUUGGCAUUAAAACUCCUUAAAAGAUGCAAUAUCCUACAUGCAGAUAUCAAGCCAGACAAUAUCCUGGUUAAUGAAUCAAAAACUAUUUUAAAGCUCUGCGAUUUUGGGUCGGCUUCACAUGUUGCGGAUAAUGACAUAACACCUUAUCUUGUCAGUAGAUUUUAUCGUGCUCCUGAAAUCAUUAUAGGGAAAAGCUAUGACUAUGGUAUAGACAUGUGGUCUGUGGGUUGUACCUUAUAUGAACUCUACACCGGAAAAAUUUUGUUUCCUGGCAAAACCAAUAACCAUAUGUUGAAGCUUGCCAUGGAUCUCAAAGGAAAGAUGCCCAAUAAGAUGAUUCGGAAAGGUGUAUUCAAAGACCAGCAUUUUGAUCAAAACCUCAACUUCAUGUAUAUAGAAGUUGAUAAAGUAACAGAGAGGGAGAAGGUUACUGUCAUGAGCACCAUUAAUCCAACCAAGGACCUGUUGGCUGACUUGAUUGGGUGCCAGCGACUUCCUGAAGACCAACGUAAAAAAGUACACCAGCUAAAGGACUUGUUGGACCAGAUCCUGAUGUUGGACCCAGCUAAACGAAUUAGCAUCAAUCAGGCCCUACAGCAUGCCUUCAUCCAGGAAAAAAUUUAAACGAGAUGAAGAAGCUCCAAGGGUUUGAGUAAUUAAAUACAAAGACUGAAGAAAUUUCACAGCAGUUUAUUAAUGUAUAUAAACUUAUAAAUAUUUCUCCAGCAAAUUUGAGGAAGCAUGAUAUAUUUGAAUUAACACCAAGGGUGAUAUUUCUUUUAGAAAUGUUAGUUAAUCUGUUUUGUGUCUUAUGUGAAAUUUCACUGUAGAACUGUUUUAAUUGCCAAGACUGCACAGAAUUACAGUGCAAAUGUAUAUGGUUGCAGUUCACAUAAAAGACAAAAGCAUCUGUUAUAAAAGGAGUAGUAAUGUUGGGUGGUUGAUUUAUUUUUAGCAAACUUGGCUUCAUAUUGGUCUUCAGAUAAAAUGGCCAGCAUAAAUGCUGUUUAUAUUCACAUUUUCCUAGGUGUGUGUGUGCAGGCCACAGCGGCAUGCCCUUGGCGUAGUCAGUGCCGAAGGGGGUCUGUUCCUUCUUGAGCCUGCCUGCAGGGACGGCCUCCUCUUUUAAAGCAGGUUGUGUACAACAUUCAGUACACUGAAGGCAUAAACCUUCCACUCUUGAACAAAGCAGCUGCUUUUUAAAAGCGGUAAUUGCUUCUUUACCUUUUAUUUCUUUUGUAAAUGAAGCUUUUCUUUAAGAAUGUGACUUUAAAGUGUUGUCUAUUGCAUAAAACAGUUGACACUCACUUAUUGUAAAGUGAAGAUUGUUCUACUGCAUGUGAAGUGGACCAUGCAGAUUUCUGUAUGUUCUCAGUAUGCAUCACUAGAUAAUAAAGUCUUUUGUGAACAAGGCAUUUGUAGCCAUUUUUAAAAGUUUUUGUCUUCAGUGCUGGUAAGUCAGGUAAACCAUAACUAGUUAAAAGCAACCUUUCAUUUCUUCCUUUAAGUCUUUAAAAGAAUUAUUUGUUAAAGAUGUAAAGCCUAGCCACAAGUUUAUCAUUUUAUUAAUAAUCAGGAUCCUAAUUAUUUCAUCAAAAGAAUCCUGCAAAUAUUGUCAGCUUUCAGUGUAGUGAGAUAAUUCCUGUAGGUUAUGGGGUAUAAUUCAGGAUUUAACUAAUGUUUCUGCUAUUUUCUCACUUUUCCUUCUGAUGGUGCGGAAAGAGAAAAAAGGAAAACGGGGCACAGGCCAUUCAACGCCUUCUCCAAGGGGUCUGAUUUGCUGAGACACCAGCUUCACCUUCUUAACAAGGUUAUUUCUGACAGCAUGUGUAGAUAAACAUUUAGCCACAAUUUAAGACAAAAUCAUGUAAAUCAGCUUGGUUUUGCAACACAAAGGAAUUCGUAUUUUUAAACAUGGUAGGGGAGCUUUUUCAGAAAUGCAUAUGAAUCUUUUCUGUUUGGGUGGUAAAAUUAAUGCUUAUCUUCCUGAGCAAUGUGGAAAAUAAUCAGAUUUUUGGGGUUUAAAUAAUAUUUUUAAAUUGUAAAUGGGAUUUUUUUAUUCACCCAGGCACCUAAUUACAACAAGAUGCACGUUUUGGUGCAUUCAAGAAUGGAAAAUCAGAAUAGCAGCAUUCUUCUGGUGGGUUUUGCUCCAUUUAAAGACAUGAAAUGAACUACAGCCAGGAAGGUGAUAGAUGAUAUAAUAAGCCAACUUUGAAUCUACACCCCGUCUCUUCAUGGUUUAGACUUUACUAAAGUAAAUACAAGCUGGUUUCCAUCUUCAGGUAGAGGGAAGCCUUUUACAAAAGGCUUCACAGGUGCAGCUUUUCUACCUUAACAAAAUGGGUAGUGAUUUUCCCACCAUGAUUUACUUUAUUUUGGUGAUCAUAUGCUGCAUAUUCGAGUCUUUUGUAGUCAUUUUCACUCAAAAUAGUUAACAUUUUGAUGCUUCUGGUGAUUUUUCAUGGCUUCAUUUUAUAUAAUUAUUUAAGUAAGUUAACUUCCACUAGAGACAGUUCAUCUUAUGCCUUCAAAACUAUUACCUAUUCUUUAAAAAACAAAGUUGCUUGUUACUUGUUCUUUGUGUUUUAGGUGCAGUUCAGUGGAAGAUGAUGACAGCCAGAAGACAUGAGCUAAGGGUAAGGGACUGUUCUUCUGAAGAAUCUUUCCAUUUAGUGAUCAAGAUAUGGAAGCUGGUCUCUGAAAAUACUCAAUGUGUAUCCCAAUUACUCAUGGUAUCAUUUGAAUUGUAACUUGCAUUUUAAAUAGAAACAAUGUUUCCAAUUAUUGGGAAACUUUAAUAAAAUAUGCCUCUUGUUAC